AUGGCUGUUCGGCCAGCCGCGACCACUGCCGUGUCGGCUCCAGGCAAGGUGCUUCUCACAGGAGGCUACCUGGUUCUGGAUCGAAAGUACUCGGGCACCGUCUUUGCCCUCGAUGCUCGCAUCCAUGCCAUAGUGGAGCAGGUUCACCGUGACCGUCCCCCUACCCCUAGCGAGCCGCUUGCCCAGCCACCGGAUACUGCGAAGGAGGCUGUGAUCGAGGACGAAGAACAGGAUAAAAAGGCCCUUGACGGCCCUCCAGAGGAAAGCGUGGUGGUCCGCUCGCCGCAGUUUCGAGAUGCUGUUUGGGAAUAUGCUGUGCAGAGGUGCAAGGAUGGAGGCGGGGUAAAGGUUUCACAGAGAAAUGACGGACCAAAAAAUCCAUUCGUCGAGACCUCCUUAAACUAUGCGUUGACAUACAUUGGCUACGUAGCCGACUCUCAAGACCUGGGCUCUCUCUCCGUUACGAUCCUUGCGGAUAAUGACUACUACUCGGAUACUGGGUUGGGGAACAAUGUCGACGUUCGAGCCCGUGGCGGGUUCCGCGACUUUGGCGUUACUCUACAGGAUGCCCACAAGACGGGGUUAGGCUCGUCGGCUGCCUUGGUGACUGCGCUAGUAUCUGCCCUCGUUACACACCGCACGAUGCACCCGGACGAUCUGGUAGUUGCUCGCGAGAAACUACACAAUCUAGCGCAGGCAGCACAUUGCGCAGCCCAAGGCAAAGUGGGAUCUGGAUUCGAUAUCGGAGCCGCGGUCUUUGGGUCAUGCUUCUACCGUCGCUUUUCCCCUUCAAUUCUCGAGAAACUGGGAGAAAUUGGCUCCCCGCGCUUUGAAGAAAGACUCUUUUCAACCGUCGAGGACCUAGACCCUACGCAGCCAUGGGAUACCGAAUGCGCGGACGUCGGCAUGAAACUGCCGCCUGGCAUGCAGCUCCUGCUCUGUGAUGUUGAUUGCGGAUCUCAGACGCCUUCAAUGGUCAAGAAGGUGCUCGAAUGGCGUAAGCAGAACCAAGACGAGGCAGACCAACUCUGGGAUGAUCUACAAGCGAACAACGAAAAACUGCGCCACGAACUUCGACGGCUCAGUCACGUCCGGAUGAACCCAGGAUACGAGGCAGGGAUGGAGCCUGAACUUUACAGAAAUGUGGGCAUCCUGAUGCAGCGAUCCCGAAGCUAUUUGCAUGCAAUGACGGAAAAAUCAAAAGUACCAGUGGAGCCGCGCGUACAAACCGAACUACUAGAUGCCGUCUUACAGGUGGAAGGUGUUAUUGGCGGUGUAGUCCCGGGAGCUGGCGGUUACGACGCGGUUGCUGUGUUGAUCCAGGACGAUAUUGACGUGGUUAAACGAUUACAAGCGCUCUUUGAAUCCUACCAAAGUAAAGUUGAAGACGAUUUCGGUGGCAAGAUCGAACGAGUGCGCAUGUUGGGAGUCAGGCAUGGAUCAGAGGGCGUGAAGAAUGAAUUCCAAAGCCUAGGGCGGUACUUGACAUGGCUGUGA